AUGGCACCAAGGGGGCGCGGUGGGAGGACAAUAUCAGGAGGUAGCCCACAAGUACGAAGGACAAGUGGUGGAGGAGUCGGCUCAAGAUCAGAUGCAGCUGUCGCGCGUCCGUCGUCGAGGGCUGGAAGCUCGCGAGGGAGAGGGCGGGGGAGAGGAGGGGCUAGGGUUGGAGCUGGCGCACGAUCUCGAGAUACCGAUAUUCAACCUGGCGACCCUCUCCCGCGGCGGCACCGGUACAAACCUGGUACCCUCGCCCUCAAAGAAAUCCGCCGUUAUCAAAAGUCCUGGGACCUCCUCCUCCUCAAACUCCCCUUUGCGCGUCUCGUUCGUGAAGUCGCCGUCGACCUCCUUCCAGCUGGCGUUGGUGAGGAGCUACGAUGGCAGUCCCAGGCUAUCCAGGCCUUACAGGAAGCUGCGGAAGCGUUUCUCGUCCACCUAUUUGAGGACACGAAUCUCUGCGCAAUACAUGCUAAACGAGUCACUAUCAUGCAAAAGGAUAUACAAUUGGCGCGCCGCAUUCGGGGUGCGUGGGCCGGGCUGGGAUAA